AUGUCCACACUACCGCUAUUUGCACAGAGCGACCUGGCCUCUCACAACACCGAGAAGGACUGCUGGGUGUCGCUCUACCACAGAAAGAUCUAUGACGUGACAGACUUCCUCGAUGAACAUCCAGGUGGAGAUGAGCUCAUCCUCGAAUGGGGUGGUAAGGACAUCACGGACAUAUUGGCCGAUGAGUCCUCACAUUUACACUCCGAAAUGACGUAUGAGAUGCUGGAUGAGAACUACCUCGUGGGCUAUUUGGCCACUGCAGAGGAGGAGAAGGAGCUUCUAGCUAAUCCAAAGCACUCGCAGGAGGUUAAGCUGGAUGAGGAGUUUGACUCAACAGCUAUGCACGGUACACCUGCCUAUGAGAAGCUCAACAUCGUGACGGACUUUGACAGGGAUUUGAAGAACCACAAGUUCUUGGACUUGACCAAGCCUCUGUUGUUGCAGGUGCUGUUUGCUGACUUCUCGAAAGAGUUUUACUUGGACCAGGUGCAUAGACCAAGACACUACGGUAAAGGUUCUGCUCCGCUCUUUGGUAACUUUUUGGAGCCUGUUUCUUUGACUCCAUGGUGGGUCGUGCCAACGGUUUGGCUCCCUGUGGACUUGUUUCUUCUCUAUUUGGGUCUCUCAAACUUGAACUUGUUCCUGGGAUUGUCGUUGUUUUCCAUUGGAUUGUUCGUUUGGACUCUCAUCGAAUAUUGCCUCCACAGAUUCUUAUUCCACCUGGACUACUAUUUGCCAGACCAUCCAGUGGCCUUCACAGUCCACUUCUUGCUCCACGGUGUCCAUCACUACCUACCAAUGGACCGUUAUAGAUUGGUUAUGCCUCCAACACUGUUUGUCGUGUUGUGCUACCCAUUCUAUAAGCUCAUCUUUUCAAUAUUCCCAUUCUACAUGGCUUGUGCCGGGUUCGCUGGUGGAUUCUUGGGUUACAUCUGUUACGACAUGACGCACUACUUCCUACACCAUGCAAGACUACCUGCGUACAUGCAAAAGCUCAAGAAAUACCACUUGGAACAUCACUACAAGAACUACGAAUUGGGAUUCGGUGUUACGAGUUGGUUCUGGGACAAGAUCUUUGGAACUUAUUUGCCAAUUGGUGAAACUGCUCCUCAGAAGCAGAACUAA